UCCUUGCCUCCCCUUCUAAUGUCGGAAUAGCCAUCGCCGUCACGGCUAUGGCCGGCCUCGCACUCGCCGCCACCCUCGUCUACUCAUCCCGUAGGUAAACCACCGGAUUAAAAAAACCCCCAAAUCAAUCACGACUUUCUGUCAAAUUAAAUAUUCAAUUGUUGUAGCCCUAGAAUAUAUAGAGAGAGAGGAGUGGGAUUGUUGUGCAUAGGGGUUUUUUAUAGAACAGUAAUAGAUAGAUACAGAUAGAUACAGAUAGUUUAUAUACAUAGAUGUUGGUACAAAAACAACCGUUGAUGAGAGCGCUGAGGCGGAGCCAGACUUCUUUGGGGUCGAAUAAUUCAACAGGGUCUCCUUCCUCGCCUUCAUCAUCUUCUUCGUGGAUUCAUUUGAGAUCGGUUUUGUUUAUUGUUGCUUCUUCAUCAUCCUCUCCAGUUACCUCUGAUCGGGGAAGCCUCAAAUCUCCAUGGUCGAGAAGGAGAAGGAAACAUGCCCUUCUGGCCAAGCAGUGGAAGAGUUUGUUUGACGUUGACGGGAAACUAUCUGAUGGAGGAAUCAAGUUUUUGAAGAAAAUCCGGACUGGGGGUGUUGAGCCAAGCAUUAGGGCGGAGGUCUGGCCAUUCCUUCUCGGAAUGUAUGAUGUGAAAAGUUCAAAAAAAGAGAGAGAUACUGUUAAAGCUCAGAAGAGAAAAAAAUAUGUAGAGCUACGGAAACAGUGCUGUCAAAUCUCAAAACGCGGUGAAAGGAGUUUCAAGUUAAAGGAGUCAUCCGAAAACAACAGCAACGAGGAUGGUGGAGACAAUAUCAGUCAAGUCUUGGAUUCUCCAACCUUGGACGAAGCUUCCAGUGCCGCCAGCAGACCUUCCGUUUCAGCGGAGCUAGUGGAGGAGGAGGAAGAGCACGACGGCGGCGUAAUCACCAAUGAAGAUAUUUCCGACGAAGCCGAAACAGGUUCCUCCGAAGAUUCCGAUUCCUCAGAAGAUUCCUCCGAGGACACAAAACCCCUCCUCGGCUCAACCGAAACAGAAGACAACAACAACAACCCCUAUGACCGCUCCGACUCCACUCUCAAGAAGCCCGAAACGGGGACCACAUCAUGCAAGUCUGAAAACUUCGCCACGUGGCAGCGUAUUAUUCGUCUAGACGCUGUGCGCGCGAACUCCGAGUGGAUUGUCUACUCCCCAUCUCAAGCUGCAGUAUCCGAAGCCAAAGCACAACAAUUAGCAGAGAGCGUUGGACUAAAAGAUUUCGACCAUCUCGAGCCUUGUAGAAUUUACCAUGCUGCCCGCCUAGUAGCUAUUCUAGAAGCUUAUGCUUUGUACGAUACCGAAAUUGGCUAUUGCCAGGGCAUGAGCGAUUUGCUAUCUCCAAUCAUUUCGGUUAUCGAGGAAGACCACGUAGCCUUUUGGUGCUUUGUGGGGUUUAUGCGAAAGGCGAGGCAUAACUUCCGUCUCGAUGAGGUGGGAAUAAGGAGGCAGCUGAAUAUAGUGUCGAAGAUUAUAAAAGGUAAAGACUCGCAUCUGUACAAGCACUUGGAGAAGCUGCAGGCGGAGGAUUGCUUCUUUGUGUACAGGAUGGUGGUGGUUCUGUUCAGGAGGGAGUUGACUUUCGAGCAGACGCUUUGCCUGUGGGAGGUAAUGUGGGCUGACCAGGCAGCAAUACGGGCGGGGAUUGUGAGAUCCGCGUGGCGACGGAUGAGGCUGAGGGCCCCACCGACGGACGAUUUGUUGCUUUACGCAAUAGCUGCUUGUGUGCUGCAGAGGAGGAAGAUGAUUAUAGAGAAUUACAGCAGCAUGGAUGAGAUUAUGAGGGAGUGUAAUAGUAUGGCUGGUUGUUUGGAUGUGUGGAAGCUUCUAGACGAUGCCCAUGAUUUGGUGGUCACCCUACACGACAAGAUUUGAUUUUCGGAAAAUCCCUUUUUUUUUUUUUAAAUUUAAUUCUUCUAGAAUGUUUUUUUUUUUUUUUUUUGCUUGUUUUGUUGUUACUUUCUAAUUUAAAGAACAAAAAAAAAAAAAACAUGACAGGCAAACUUGUGUGUUUUAAGUUAAUUUGUGGGAUUUACACUUUGUAUUGGCCGCUCUGAGGACACACCCCCCUAGUGAAGUGGCAAAACCCUGCUUAUAUAUUAACAAAGUUGUUUUUAAGGCAAGGUUUCUUUUGAAUGUAUUUCUUGACAUGUA